AUGUCGACCGGGCUUCCUAUCAGGCUUCUUUGUAACGACAACGGGAUCUUCUCCGUUGUUGACCCUGUCGCUCACCAUGUGACGAGCUUUGACAUCCUCUCCUACACCUGGGGCAAGGAAGUGGCGCCUUACAAAUGCGGUAUUGGAGGCGUCACCUGGGAUAUCAAGAUCAAUCCCGACAAACUGAAAGACAUCAAGCGGCUGAUGGUGGCAGCCAACAUAAAGUACCUUUGGGCCGACUGCGUGUGCAUAAACCAGACAGAUGAGAAUGAGAAGACUGCUGAGAUCCCCAAGAUGUUCGAGUACUACAGAAACGCUGAGAGAUGUCAUCUUCUCAUGGACAUGGAGGAAGCUUGGAUCCCGCAGGAGAUCGUCGAUGAUCUAAAGUUCCUUGACCAUGUCUUGUACCAUAUGCAAGGUGCGGCUCUCGCCUCCGAGGCCGUCGGUCUGACUGAGAGGGUCGUCAACCUUCUUACCCAUUGGGCCAGCACGACCUGGAAGUUUGACAUAGCCCAGUCGAGCGUGAGGUCUGCAGCAAUCGACAUGGGCGUUUUAAACUGUUACUCGACCUGCAUUAAACGUGUCACAUCACUGUUCGACAAUGACUACUUUACUCGUGUCUGGACAUUCCAAGAGAUGAUCCUCGGCAAGAAUAUCACGAUUUGGGGGGUAAACCCCGAAAGUAUCUUCUACAUCGGCCAACUCCAUACCUGGAUGGACUUGGCAAUCGAGUGCGCUGACAAAGCGGUCAAACUGCACGAUUGGAUUGAGAAUGGCAGGUUUUUCAAGACGGCAGCAGUCAACGCCAUACUUAGAGUCAUUGGAGAGGAUAUCUUAUUCCUCGUCAGCCUGCGAACUCAGGUGAAGGGCAUUAACAGUGCAAGGACCGACAUCAUCAACGGUGGUUCUUACUGGUGGCGAGAGAACUACAAAGGGAUAAGCAACAUAUUUUCAGCCAUCUCUCUCAAGCCACGCAAAUGCAGAGACACGGCGGACAUCUUCAGGGGCCUCUUGGGCAUCUUUAGCGGACUUUUCACCGAUGAUGAGGUGAAAACGGAGCUGUCAGGAAAAGACAUCACAUCCAUCUCAUUCAAUUUCUUCAAGAAACUGUCUGCUGAGACCGGACUGGCAUGGACCAAGCUUGGAGUAGCCAGUAAGGCAAGGGAAAGUGGGUGGAACUGGAUCCCGCUGGUAGCAACCGACAACCAGGUCGCGUCUACCGAUUGUUUCGCGGGGGUACUCAACCUCGGAAGACUGAAGAAGGAAGGGCGGGCGAAAGCAUUAGCCACGACAGGUCUCAUCGGAACCCCACGCAAGCUCAUGAAGAUCCGACUCAGCCAAGGAAAAGGAGACUUCCAAUUCACCUUCAAGGGCUGUAAUUGUGGCAAGAAGAUCAAGACUGGCCGCAUCAGUAGGGAGCUCAUACCCACGUAUGACCAGCCCAGAGACGUGGUCAAGGACGAGACUGGUAGGACCCUGGUCCAAUGCGCUACGAUCUUGGGAGCCAUCAUGGACCCAGGAUGCGAUGACCUGGUUCAAUAUCGGAGGAAAUUGCUCCAGAAGCUGCAGCCGAUGUGGGAGACUACAGAUCCCAGUGCAAAGCCUGUAGGUUGGGAAGACCGGUCGGUGAGCGGUACAGGCUGGGAACAUCCAGACGCCAUAGGUUUUCGGGUGCAUAAUUUCUCCAUGAACUACCGCAUGGUCUCGAUGACAAGGUGCGGCUCGCGCCUUGCAAAUGGGAGCACGGCAAACAUCAUCUGCCACGUCAGUGUUAACUGCGGAUGCACUAUCGUCGCCCCAUUUGCACUUAUUUUCGAGGCCAUAACCGCGGUUCAAGGAAGCUCCCUGGGUGACACGGCUGCAGAAGCAGACAGUGAUGACAGGAUAGUGCUACAAGAUGGAUUAGGACUUGUACAGGUUGGUGAUGUUGGCAAAGCCUUCGACGUAGUAGCAUUCUCGGGUGAUAUACAGGCCCACAAGUUGUAUGCUGCCGCCUGCAGGAAGAACAAGGAGAAUGUGAGAGUUGUUCAUGAAGUGCCUCUUCCCAGUGGCAGGGCACUGGUGCAGGAGGACUUUACACAUGGGGCUAUGGAUAUAAUGAAGGAUUAUGGAUAUGUGCAUACUGGGGGAUCUGGAAAUUUGCUCUUGUCUAGAAAACAUCGUCUGGAUGCUUACAAGGUGGUUGGUGUUUGCAUUGAUGAGUAUGUUCCACAUAAGAAUGAGGAACAGCCAGUCACUAUUGGAUAG